AUGUCUAACAUGUAUCCUCAAAACCCGAACGAUCAACCAGGACAAAGACGGAGUAACAGACAGAACCCUCCCCAAAAUCGGACACCUCCACCUCCUAUCGAACAACUCAAUCCCCCGUGGAACCCUCAUUUGGGAGCCCAACAAUGGACAUCUCAAAGCCAAAUAGUAGCACCAAAUAUGCACCAACCGAUGGCUAACAUGGAUCCUCGGAACCCCGACACUCAACCUGGAGGAAUGGAACAAAACCAACCUGAUGCAUUCCCUAAUCCACAACUUCCAUUUCUUCGAGAACUUCACAUGCAACCUUAUCAGCCGGAAGUUGUUCCUGAAGAAUAUCAACCACAAUAUCUAUCAACUCGAGCCAACUAUACAAGCAGCUCACAUAGUUUAUCUACUCCUCCACUCCAGACUCAGACUCAUCCGACAAACAAUAUAAACACCGAAGGAUAUCCACCAUUCACAUUCGGUGAAAAUUACGCGCAAAAUGCGAGGCUUAUGACUGCUGGAGGAUUCGAGAUGGGAGGUUUAGCAGAUAUGAGACAUAAUCCAAAUCCGCAAGAUUUGGAAAAACCUCUUGGAGAUGGAGAACGUAUUGAUACUGCAGAGGUCGCUAGAAAGAUUACGAAUUUGAUAAACAAUACCCCAUCCGGAAAAGGAAAAUAUUUCGAAUGUGUUGGUGGCAAAAUGAAAAAUUAUAAAAAGUACAUAGAUGUUUUCUAUGAUCUCAAAGAGUACAAGGAAUUGAAUGAAGAAGGGCAAGAUGUAUUUCGUCGGUGGUACAAUUGGUGGAAUAUUCCGGAUGAUGAGAAAAGAAAAUCGAUAUUGAAUAUGCAUGAAACGCUUAAAACUGAAUGGUUUAACAUGAGAAGUGCGAAAAAUGCCGAAAGAAUCGAAAAUAAGCUGAAACUGAGAAACCAGGAAUUGAAAAGGAAGAGUGAUGCGGUAGACGAGAAAAAUCGGGUUAGAGAAGAGAAGAACGCAAGAAAAAAAGAGGAGAAAAAGAAGACGCGAGAGGAAAAAGCAUUGAUGAAAGGAAGAAAGUAA